AUGGGCGCCCGCGCUGUCUUCCCCCUGCCGCCCCCAUGGGCGCCCGCGCUGUCUUCCCCCUGCCGCCCCCAUGGGCGCCCGCGCUGUCUUCCCCCUGCCCCCCCCAUGGGCGCCCGCGCCGUCUUCCCCUGCCCCCCCUCAUGGGCGCCCCCGCCGUCUUCCCCCUGCCUCCCCCGAUGCGCGCCCCCGCUUUCUUCCCCCUGCCCCCCCCCCCCCGAUGCGCGCCCGCGCUUUCUUCCCCCUGCCCCCCCCGAUGCGCGCCCGCGCUGUCUUCCCCCUAGCCCCCCGAUGCGCGCCCGCGCUGUCUUCCCCCUAGCCCCCCGAUGCGCGCCCGCGCUGUCUUCCCCCUAUCCCCCCGAUGCGCGCCCGCGCUGUCUUCCCCCUAGCCCCCCGAUGCGCGCCCGCGCUGUCUUCGCCCUAGCCCCCCGAUGCGCGCCCGCGCUGUCUUCGCCCUAG